UCUCUCCACCUCUCCAUCUCUCUAUCCACACGUUGAAAUUCAGUCUGUCUUCUGUGGCCAAACAUUCAUUAUGUUUAUCAUUUCAGGUCCACACACACAGGUUGUUGAGGUUAUAAUGGAGGGUAGUAGGGGUGGGGCCAGAUGGGAUAGAUGUGUCCUAUUGGCGGAGAGCAGGGGCUGAUUAUGACGUGUAUCCAGGCUCGAGCCCGUUUUACCGCAGUAUCGUCGCGCCGCAGUAGAACAGAACAGUCAGUCUCGCAUCGUCUGUGACUGUAGAUUAGUCUUCUAUCGAUAGACUAUAGCACCUGUCGUCAUCACCGCUGGAUUGAAAAGCCUAGCAUUUAUUCUGAAACACCUCGCGCAUUUUACCGGACUAGACAGACAGAUAACGGUCAUUAUCGGGACAUCUCAUUUUACCGCGCCAGACAGCCAGAAUCCUCAUUUUUAGUUGACACCGAGUACAAACUGCCGCACGAUACGCAACGGGCACCAUGAACAACAAGGAAGAUGAGCGCGUGGACACCGGAGUCAAGGAGCCAUACUUCUGGAACCCUCGGACACACGAGUUCCUGGGCCGGACCGCAAGCAGCUGGGGUCUGAUCCUACUGUUUUACCUGGUGUUCUAUAUAUUCCUUGGUGGAAUGUUCGUCCUGACCAUGUACGUGAUGCUGCUAACACUGGACGACUAUAAACCUACCUACCAGGACCGCCUUGUUACCCCAGGCAUGAUGAUCCGUCCACGGGGCGAGGCCAUGGAGAUCCUCUACAACACCAAGGACACAGAGAGCUUUGACAUCUAUGCCCAGACGCUGAACAACUUCCUCGAAUCCUACAACAACUCCCUGCAGGUCCAGAACAACGAUGAGUGCCCCCCUGAUAAUUACUUCAUCCAGGAGGACAGUGGAGAGGUGAGGAACAACCCUAAGCGUUCGUGUCAGUUUAACCGUUCCACUCUAGAGGAGUGUUCUGGGAUCACAGACCGGACCUACGGUUACCAGAAGGGACAACCCUGUGUUCUCAUCAAACUGAACCGGGUGAUCGGGAUGCUUCCAGGGAAGGACGGCCAAUCUCCCUAUGUCACCUGUGGAGCCAAGAAAGAGGACAGUGAUGCGAUCGGAGAGUUGGCCUACUACCCUCCCAACGGAACCUUUAACCUCAUGUACUUCCCCUACUAUGGCAAGAAGGCCCAGCUGAACUACUCCCAGCCCCUGGUAGCAGUGAAGUUCCUCAACAUCUCUCUGAAUACAGAUGUGAAUGUUGAGUGUAAGAUCAACUCCAACACACUGAAGACCGGUGGAGAGAGAGACAAGUUCGCUGGACGCGUCUCUUUCAAACUCAGAAUCACCUCACCUAAGAACUAGACCACUAAACACUACACACACGCACACACACACGUUACUGCCACAUGAAGGAUAAUAUCAGACCCCUGGAAAUGGAGACCAGGAGGAGAGGGAAGGAUGAGAGGAGGAAAGGAGGUCCAAUGUGUCUCCUUCAUCUGUCUCUCUCUCUCUCUUUUUCUCUCUGUCUCUUCCUCUCUCUCUCUCUCUUUCUGUCUCUCCCUCUAUUUCUCUCUCUCUCUCUGUAUCUCUCCCUCUCCCUCUCUUUUUCUCUCUGUCUUUCUCUCUCUCGAUCAUUCUACUCAUCCCUCUCUCUUUCUGUCUGUCUAUCUCUCUCCCUCUCUUUUUCUCUCUCUCUGUAUCUCUCCCUCUCUGUCUUUCUCUCUCUCUAUCAUUCUACUCAUCCCUCUCUCUUUCUGUCUGUCUCUCUCCCUCUCUUUCUCUCUCUCUCCAUCAGUCUGCACAUCCCCCUCUCUAAUCUGUUUUUCUGUAAUCCUCAUCAACGCCCCUCCCCCUGCCCUCUGCUCUUCCUCAUUUUCCCACUCUCCACCUUUCUCCAUCGAAUAAUUAUGCUUUUCUUUUCCUCCUCCUCUUAGGGUUCUUAGUAACUUAUCAAACUAUUUUAAUUUUUUGUGUGUUGAUGAAUUUGGUCUUUAAUUGAAUUUAUACUUUUGAAAUGGAUGUCUCCUUUAUCUGAAAUGAAAGCCUUCUACUGCACACACACACACACACACACACACACACACACACACACACACACACACACACACACACACACACACACACACACACACACACACACACACACACACACACACACACACACACACACACACACAUUUAAUCAGAGAAUCUUUCUUCAACAAUAUAUAUGACAUAUAUCAGAGUGGAUGACUGAGUGUAAAUAGAUAUUUUCUUGUGGAUGCUUUAGACACAUAGAGGAUUUGAGAUUUAAAAUCAAAGAUGGCAUGAUGAUAUGAUACCUAUGAAUUUCCCAACGCUGUAAGAUUCAUUUACAGAGUUAAGUAGUGUCAGGUAAACAGAGUGAAGGGUAAAGGUUAGAGGUUAAGACAGAGUAAUGGUUAGAGUAGAGAUAGAGGCGGCUGGCUAACAGACAGACUUUUAGUAAUGUCAGUUAGUGUGUUUUAUCUUCUGUUCAGUUUGUUGUGGUAGAGCUGCUCUGUUAGCUGCUAGGUCGCUUGGUCCUGGUGUCCUGGUUGGCCAGCUAGCUGUUAACCGCUAGGGUCGCUAGAUCCUGGUUAGCCAGCUAGCUGUUAGCCAUACUGCUAGGUCCUGGUUAGCUAGCUGUUAGUCGCUUGGUCCUGGUUAGCCAUACUGCUAGGUCCUGGUUAGCUAGCUGUUAGCCCCUAGGUCGCUUGGUCCUGGUUAGCCAGCUAGCUGUUAGCCAUACUGCUAGGUCCUGGGGUGAUAUUGGGGUGAUACUGGGUUGAUAUUGGGGUGAUACUGGGGUGAUAUUGGGGUGAUACGGGGUGAUAUUGGGGUCAUACUGGGUUGAUAUUGGGGUGAUAUUGGGGUGAUACUGGGUUGAUAUUGGGGUGAUACUGGGGUGAUAUUGGGGUCAUACUGGGUUGAUAUUGGGGUGAUAUUGGGGUGAUACUGGGUUGAUAUUGGGGUGAUACUGGGGUGAUAUUGGGGUGAUACGGGGUGAUAUUGGGGUCAUACUGGGUUGAUAUUGGGGUGAUACUGGGGUGAUACGGGGUGAUAUUGGGGUGAUAUUGGGGUGAUAUUGGGGUGAUACUGGGGUGAUAUUGGGGUGAUACUGGGGUGAUACGGGGUGAUAUUGGGGUCAUACUGGGUUGAUAUUGGGGUGAUACUGGGUUGAUAUUGGGGUCAUACGGGAUGAUAUUGGGGGUGAUAUUGGGGUGAUACUGGGUUGAUAUUGGGGUGAUAUUGGGGUGAUAUUGGGGUGAUAUUGGGUUGAUAUUGGGGUGAUAUUGGGUUGAUAUUGGGGUGAUACGGGGUGAUACUGGGGUGAUAUUGGGGUGAUAUUGGGGUGAUAUUGGGGUGAUAUUGGGGUGAUACUGGGUUGAUAUCAUAUCAAGGGGAUUUCUGCUUUUAAUGUUUAUUUUUUAUUCUGUUUCGCCACUCGUUUAUUUGUGCUGUGUUUGUUUGUGUGUCAUCAGCUUUGUGGCGGGUUUAGAACACAGCAUUGUGUACAGUUACCACGGCAACCACAGCAUCAGGCCGGAGUCUCGCCCUAACUUCACCACACACCCGCCACUCACACUGUUGUGCCACAUGUGAGCCUUUCGUCUUGCUGUUGGUCAUGCCCCUUUAAUCUCUAAACCAAUCCUUUCCCUUUAAACAGUGAUGCCACUUCCUGGUCUGGGCUGUCUGACCAAUCAGAGCCCAGCCUGUCUCCAUCCCUCCAUCUUAGUAAGAAUUUGUUUUUUCAUUUGUUCUCAGUUCCUUUUCUGUGCAACGUUCAGCAGAUACAAACUAGAUGUGGUUAAUAAUGACAUCAUCUGUAUUACUGCCUCAGAUAUUCCAUGUGGAACCUUCUGAAGAAUAUUGCUGUAAAAACAAGAAAUAAAAAGAUUUUGUGUUUAAAAGG